AUGAUGAGUGAUGAGGUAAGGAUAAAACCUUUCAACCAUUCUAAUAAGAAAUUCUCUCUGAGAGUUCUAAAUAAAGCUAAAUUCAAUUCAGAUAAACAAGUUACAGCUUUUAUGCCUAAUUUAGUGCACUCAUUAGAUGCAGCUUCUCUAGCUUUAUUAUUAGACUUUUAUUUUAAAGAAUCAACUGAUGUUAAAAAUAUAUACACAACCCAUGAUUGUUUAGCUAUACCAGCUAAUAAAAUGGAAUGUCUUGUUAAUCUAUUAAAAUUAACUUAUGUUAAAAUAUACUCUGAUGAUAAAUACCUAUUGAAAUUAUAUGAGGAUAUAAGGAAAAAUAUCCGUACUACUCAAAAUAAGGGUUGUUUUAAUGAAGAAACAUUAGAAAUAUUUUCCGACAAUUUUCGUGAUCCUAUAAAUUUUCCCGAUGUAAAAAAAGUAUUAGGUUCAGUACCUUCUGAUUUUGAUUUUAAAGUAUUAGAUAAAAGUAGUUACUGUGGGCGCUAUAUGUAA